AUGGCAAACUCCAAAAAAGCUAAAAUAGCUGAGGCGAAGAAGGAAGCACAAAAAAGAAAGAUUAUUAAUGAGGAGGAAGAACAGCUUGCGAAAAAACUUUUCGGAACCAGUGCUUUUGACGAUAAAGACCCAGAUAGUGAAUCUGAUGAAGAAGAGGAGCCAGUGGUCGAGGUUUCCAAAGUAGCUCCACAAAAGAGUUCUGUAUGGGCUGACGAAGAUGAUGAUGUUUUGGAAGAGGUCAUUCUGCCCAAUAAGAAAUCAGCUUUCAUUCUGAAGCGAAGCACAGACGUUGAUAACACUGUGUCCAAACAGGAGUAUCAAUCUCGACUCAGAUCUGCUUUUGAACGAGCUCAUAAUGCUGGAAAGAAGCCAACCUGGGCUGCUAGAGCUAAAGAAGCUAAGAAGAUUGAAGAAGACGAAUCUGACGAUGAAGUUUUGGAAGCUUUGGAUGAAAUGACCAGAACCACUGGAGCUUAUUCUCAACGUGAUGUCUUGUUACCUCGAGGAGCCUUGAAAGCUAGCUUACUUCCAAAUAUACAAGUUGGACACAAAGAACAGAGACCCGUUAGUAUUUUAAAAUUCCAUAGAGUUAAACCUGUAUUGAUAGCUGCUUACGAAUCUGGCAAAAUUCAGCUUUAUAAGAUUGACAACGAAGUAAAGAAGGAUCAUUUCCUACAAGAGAUAGCUAUUCCCAAAUUCCCUAUUACAAGCAUGGACUUCAUCGCUGGUGGAAACUCAUUAAUAUGUGGAUCUCGGUCUCAGGAGUAUUUCAUGAAGUAUGAUAUGAUCAGUGGAGAUAUCAGUCAAGCUCGUCUACCAACAUCCAUACAAAAACAGAACGUUGGAAAUUUUGCUGUAUCAUCGGAUGGUUUGUUUGUUGCCAUAGGAAGUUACAGUUCCGAUGUUCAUGUGUUGUCAACAGCAUCUAUGGAGCAUGUAAAAUCAAUGUCUUUCUCAUCAGACGUUGUUUCUCUAUCAUUCUCUCCUGGCUCGAGUAGAGAAUUGUGGAUUAUGACAGCUAAUGGAGAAGUUGCUUUCUGGGAUAUAAAAGCUUGUAGUUCACAUACUUUCAUUGAUGAAGGAACAGUCAGAGGAACAUGUUUGACUUUGAGUCACAGAGGAGAAUUCAUAGCUUGCGGAUCUAACACGGGUAUUGUCAAUUUGUACGAUACAAACGAAGUCAAAUUGAGUUCGACUCCUCGUCCCUUGGCAACUAUACCAACAUUGAACACAUCUUGUGAUCAUAUAUCUUUCAGUAAGGAUUGUCAAAUUCUAGCUGCUACAAGUGCUGUAAAGAAAAACCAAGUAAGACUCAUGCAUGUCCGAAGUGGGACUAUGUUUUCCAAUUUCCCUCAACGUUUUGAGAAUAUAGAAAACCCUACUUGCGUGAGUUUCUCUCCUAACACUGGCUACAUGGCUGUUGGCGCUACCAGAGGAGCGUUCAGAACCUACAGGAUGGAUCAUUUUGAAGAAUAUUGA